UUCACAAAGGGUCUGACCACGACAGACACCAGGACAGGCACCGGCCUCGGCACUGACGAGACUGUGGUGGACAUUGUUUCUGGGUCGGGCACCAACAUCGUCGCGUCGACCUUGUCUCUCAGAGGCACGACGUCCGCAUUCAUGCUUGGUGACUCGCACAGCGGUUCAAGCGGCCUGCCGUCGACGUCACCUUCGCGCGGCGACCUGACUCGGUCGAGGUUUGUUGCGUGUCGAACUCUUAGGAGCAGCUCGCGGUCGUACUCCCCCUACAAUCAGAGUAGCGAAGACACAUCUGAAAAGGAGAAUUCAGGGAGCUACACCCGACCGCGAGUCGAUCGUCCACUGAGCACGCUGGAGACCUACACCAGCUCACACAUUCCAGCGAGGUCUUACGCCCCUACGCCGUCAUCUUGGUCUUGCACGCGGUCAACAGAUGAUUACACUAGAUCUUCGGACGAGCCUAGACCGGACAGCGAAGUGGCGAGAUCGAUGCAGUCAGCGACGUCUAUACCGUCGUCGCCUUCCGAGUCAAUAGCACCGACGCCAACGACAAUCUCUCUUCCUCCGAGUGCCCCUUCGCCUACUAUUAUAUACAAUACUCCAGUCUCUACUGCAUCCUCUAUCUCCAUUGACUCAUGUGUUGGGGCCUCAAUCUCUUUUGGAAUUCCUACUGUUGAUUGCGCAAGACGAUGUAUCCACCGAGCUGGGACGACAUUCGCGCGCAUGCUCUCGCAUCUGUCGGCAAUCUAGCACAUGUUCUGGGCGCGGUAUGUGCUUUCAAUUGUGACUCGGUUCGUGCAGCAACACGCCAAUCGCGCCCCGAGUCGUGUUAACCACAUCUCGGACAACCCACGUAAAGAUACGCGCACGUACUGCCACGACUACGGUCACCCUUAGUCUGUGCGCUGUUACUGCGAUACUUCUUCAUGCCUCACCUCUUCUCAGAAGUCUCGUUGCCGCCGCAGGAUGGGUUCGCA